AUGCCACCCAAGCGCAAGCAUACAGAAGUUGACUCUGCUCCAACCGCAUCAGCCGUCCCGCCGUCGCUGCCUCCAUCCGUCGAGGAGGCCUACCGUCGCAAAUGCAUCCAGCUCAAGAAUCGCACCAACGAGGUCGAAGAGGCCAACGACGCCGCCAGACUUCGUCUCUCCCGAAUUAAGCGCCAGGUCGAGAAGUUGAGGAUCGAAAGGGCCUUCCUCCUGGAACAACUUGCUAAGCGCACGAGCACCAACGUCGAAGACUCCGAGGGAAGCCCAAGCCCUCCGCCCACGGAGCACUUCUCUGCCGGCAUCCAUGAAGCCGACGCUAACGUCCGCAAGCCUAAGGACAAGCCCUUGCGGAUCAAGCGCGGCCACCGCAAGACCGACGCAGACGGCAAAGACACCCCCUCGGCCUCCUUCACCCAGCGAGCCGGAUCUGGAUCACCCGCGCCGUCGGAGCAAGGCGACGCCGGUAAGAAAGGUACCACGAAUGGCGCGAAGAAGUCCGCCAAGCCGGGCGAUGCGUUCGAGCUGUUCUGCUCCGAGGAGCGGGCGGUAGUAGAGGAGCAGAGCAAGGACAAGGAAGACGUCAAUGUUGACGAGGAGCUAGAGCGCCGAUGGAAGGAGUUGUCUGAUGAGAAGAAGGACGAGUACAAGGCCCAGUUUGUAGAGCUGGAGAAGCGGAGAGAGAAGGAGGACAAGGACUCCAAAGAGGAUGAGGAGAAGGAGAAGGAUGACGCCGCUCCCGAAUUGAAGAAGGAGGAUGAGCCGGCAUCCUCCAAGCCAGCUGCCCAAGAUGAGGAUGUGGAGAUGGGUAAUAGCGAAGACGCUGAGCAGGCGGAAGACAAGAAGGACAAGGAGGACAAGGAGGCAAAGGAAAGCAAGGAUUGA